AUGGACCGGAUGGCUCGCGCCCGCGCGGGCAAGGCUCUCAAGAAGGCGAAGAAAGCAGCCAAGGCUGCGCACAUGCGAGCCGUCCAACUCUCGCAUCGUUGGGCUCAUAGAAGAGGUGCAACGGCACUCCUCGGAAACGAGAAAGAGAGCUCGCCAGUCCACGAAGCAGUCGUCGGGACAGGUCACAGCAUAGCCGGGGCAGACGAGGAUAUGCUCUCGUCGCAUAGCCAGCCGUCACGCUUGGAAACCGACCUUGACCCAAAUACCGGUAGCAUGCCAAUGUUUCCCGAAGACCGGGAGACUUACGCAGGAAGCCCUUGGCCCACUUGUUCCCCCCUUCCACAACCUUCUAAGUGCAAGGAUAAGCAGCGAACCAAGUCGAUGGCUACUGUUUCUACUGUUGCGGCCGACGAGACAUUCCUUCCGGCACUCCGACGACUGGUCCAGAGGAUAGAGAAGGACAAGUCGGGGCCGUCAAGAUCUCGAAGUCCUAAGCCAGAAAUCCCCAUCCCGACUCCGAACCCGCACGCCCAGUCGAAAGCGCGUUGGAAAUCCUUGGAGCAUCUUGGCAAUCGGCCGCUAUCGAACGUUUACAGCAGCAACACCAAGAGAAGGGGGCUGGUGGGGCAAGAACAACCGCCGUCCGCGACUCAGAAACCGGGUCGAGGACAUCCGCAGCAGCGAGAGUCCCAAGAGUAG